GCGACAUUUCACGUUGGACAGGGCGCGCGGGUAGCGAUUAACAGCCAGAACAAUUGGCGCUUCAUUUGCCUCUCCAACUUCAAUUCGAGUAAAGACCUCCCGCGUCUCUUGCCCACUCCCACCGGAUUCCUUGGGAAUUAUUCAUUUCCGGAGCUGGAUGAACGGCCUCCAUUAAACUUCGGCCCUCGACAUUCCCCGGGUUUUAUCAGAGUUGAGCGUCGCGCAUCGUUUCGCGGCCACGUCUCAUCGGCCGAGAGAGAGAGAGUUGCCUGUGCUGCCUGGGCCCCGCUACCAACACACCAACACCCCGCAAUGUUGCGAAAGAAGGACGUCUUCACCGUUAUCACGCCCAUCCCGGGCUUCAUCCCUCGCCAGUUGGCCAUCGACAUCCUUCACUCACACCCCGAGGUCAUCACUCUCAACCCGCUUGUCAUUGGACACAGGCCCAUUCCAGCACCACAAAAUGCCGAGACGGACGAGUACUACUCGACAUGGUAUGAGAUCACAGAGCGCAUCCAGUUCGUCCCGGGGAUCGGCAGGAUUGGGGCGUCAGUCAUCAAGUUCAACGGCUGCUUCCAUGACAUGCCAUGGGGAUUGCAAACCCACAUCUACGCUCCCAUGCAGGUCGACCUGCGGAACACGUAUCGCAUUGCGGGUAACCAGCCCGGCGUGGAGCCGCCCGAGAUCCCGGAAAUCGGCCUGAGGGCGCUAGGCGCACCGCCCGACGGCCUGUACCUCAGGGAGGACAUCGAGAUUAGGUGCAAUGUGACCGUGAUGAGCUUCGUCAAGUCGCAGCUCAAGAAGGCCGGCGGAGAGAUGGUGAGGCGCAUGAUCAAGAAGGCAGAACUGCUGGAUACUGGCCUGCUUCAGGCCAUGAUCGAGGAUGGGAAGCUCAGGACGAUCAACCCGGCGGACCGCAGCUCCCAGCUCCGAUCACCGCUCCCCUCUCCCACCAGCCUCCGGUAUUCGUCCUCCGUCAGCGGCUCUCCACCGCCGGGGUCGCCACCUGUGCCGUAUCGGGUCCCCCGGAUACAGUCGGCGCAUGGGGGUUACCAGCGACCCGAAUCUGCAGCGGGCUCACGGGGGGACGCUUACAGCAUCCAGUCGGCUCCUCAGGAACUACCUGCCGACGUUGAAAGUCCACCAGCACAGGCCCCCGUCGAAAUGCCUGGCGAUUUUUACCACAGACCUCCGAAGCCCCAACAAGACCGGCAGUCACCCCCGCAGACAUUCGGUCUAUCGCCUCCGCACAGCGACCGAGAGUCGUUUGUUAACUCGGCACAGCACCGCAGCACCAGUCCCAGCCGACCCGUUGGCGGGCAGUGGACAACGCCGGGUUCACGCCCGGCCUUGCCGUCGCCGGGCCUUCCGUCCCCCGGGCUAGACAACUCGUCUUACCCCGCCCCGCUAACGACACAUAGAGAAACGGAAGAGGAGCACGAGGACGAUACACAGGCGCCCAGGCGGGCCUCCCAACCCCCGCAGUCGGUGCCAUACAAUCCAGCGGACUACGCCAAGGCGCCGCAAGGGCAGCCCCGGUAUGGGCACGGACAGUUAGGGCAAAGGUAUAGCUAUCAGCAAUAGUAGACCAUGGGCUUGUACAAGUCUUGACAGGUUUCCGGUUGGGACGCCGUUUAUACCCCGCUAAGACAACUUCAAGAGCUACCAAUAUUGCCGGCAUUGGGGCGUCAUUAACACGGAAGUUAUUGUAUAGAGGUUUGGGAGGUAAUUAAUUGCUCAUAGACAAUGUGACAUGCGAUCCAGAACACGGUUUUCUAUGUACGUAUCACAGGAGAAUCCUGUGCGCCUUGUCUGCGAUGGAAUUCUCUAUAAUAACAUUGUGACUACUGGAUACGCCGAGGUUGACAGCGAAAGACAGCGCGCUCUUGUUUUCCUGUAAACUUACGAUUG